UGGACGUCUGUGUUUACGUUCUCACCUAAAUUGUGUUGUUUUGUGUUUUCCAGACGCGACGGGCUGCUCCAGACCGCCCCCUCGCACCAGAGAGGUUCUGAUCAACGGGCAGACGGUCAAACUGAAAUACUGCUUCACCUGCAAGAUCUUCAGACCGCCGCGAGCGUCGCACUGCAGCCUUUGUGACAACUGUGUGGAGCGUUUCGACCAUCACUGUCCCUGGGUUGGGAACUGCGUCGGCCGGAGGAACUACCGCUUCUUCUACCUGUUCAUCCUCUCGCUCUCCUUCCUCACCAUCUUCAUCUUCGCCUUCGUCAUCACACACGUCAUCCUCAGAUCGAACAGAACAGGUUUCCUGAGCGCGCUCAAAGACAGCCCGGCCAGAUAUCCUUUAAAGGAGGGAAGGACCCACAGACCGAUGACUCGUGGUGGUCGUGUGCUUCUUCUCCGGUGGUCGAUCGUCGGCCUGUCGGGGUUUCACACCUACCUGAUCAGCUCCAACCAGACCACCAACGAGGAC